ACAUCGCCUCUCUCGAGGUGUGAGAAGUCGCCGGGAGCCUAGUCGGGUCUAUCGCGUACCCGUUCCCCUAGGGCUCCUUCGUCUUGGGCCGCUCGCUGCCACAUGAGAUUGCCCAUGCCGUGAAUCGAAAUCAAUAUAUACCUUCAUGAUUCCCGGGCCCAUCAUGAUCCUCCUUUCUCUUCACCCUUCACCUCUUCUAUACACUCCUUAGUAUCAACAUCUUGUGCUGGUUUCUGCCUCUUGGCACACACUUGUCACCAUGAAGACCACACAGUUGUCUUUCGUUGUUCUUUCUGCUUCUUCUCUCGCAAAUGCUCUCGCUUAUCCGCCUGGAAUUUACAAACGCGCGGCGCCUCCCGCAACCCUUCCUCACGGCUACACCUACAAGGGCUGCUAUGUCGAUGUUGGCCGAACACUCUCCGAUGCCGGCACGGCGAACGGGCAGAUGAGCAACGAUGCCUGCACAACGUACUGCUACAACAAGGGCUUUUCCUACGCUGGUACCGAGUACUACAACGAAUGCUACUGCGGCAACGCCUUGGCCAAGGAUGGCGUUCUUGCCAACGAGGCCGACUGUUCUACGCCAUGCAGCGGAAACGCUACUCAGCCUUGUGGAGGCCCCAACCGACUUUCGUUAUAUCAAACAUCCCUCAUCAUGGGCCCCUCUGUUAAUCCUGGUGUUGGCGACUGGAGCAGCAUUGGAUGCUACUCAGAGGGAACUACCGGGCGUUCUCUCACUUACGGAAUCGGAAGCAUCCCUGUUGGCGAGAUGACCGUUGCAAAGUGCACUGCUGCUUGCGCCAAUGCUAACUUCAUCCUUGCUGGUGUCGAAUACUCUGGCGAAUGCUACUGUGGCAGCACCAUCUCCAACGGCGGCGCCCCUGCCGUCGAUGGCUGCAACAUGCUUUGCAACGGCAACUCCUCUGAGUAUUGUGGUGGGCCCAACCGAUUGAACGUCUACGACUUCCAGCACCAGUAUAAGCCUCUUCCCACCUCAACAUCAACCCCUGCGCCAACUGCUAGUUCAACUUCCAGCUCAAGCACCCGCACUUCCUCGAGCACGGUUGUUUCCUCUUCCAGCAGCGUCAUCUCCCCAUCCAGUAGUAUCGUAUCUUCCUCUAGCAGCGUGGUCUCAUCCUCAAGCACUGUAGUCUCUUCCAGCUCCGCGACCCCCACCCCGACUGGCCCCAGUCAACCCGCAACUGUCGGCGUUUGGAAGUGGUAUGGCUGCCAGACUGAAGGUACAAACGCCCGUGCUCUCAACGCGAAGACAACUGCUUCCGACGACAUGACUUUGGAGAAGUGCGCCGCUUUCUGCGACGGAAACACCUUCUUUGGUGUUGAAUACUCUCGAGAGUGCUGGUGUGGUAACUCCUUUGCCACCGGCUCCAUCGCUGCCCCGUCCAGCCAGUGCUCUAUGAAGUGCAUGGGCAACCAGUUCCAGUACUGCGGAGAGAGCAACCGCCUUUCUGUCUACACCAUUGGAGGAGCAACCCAGUCUUCGUCCUCCUCAUCCUCGUCGGCUUCAUCGUCAUUCUCAUCUACCACCUCCACUGCAGCUCCCUCUGGCACUGGAUACCCUACUGGCUGGACUAACCAGGGCUGCUGGGUGGACAACCUGAACGGCCGCAUUCUGCCUAACCAGCUUCAAGACGACCCGGCCAUGACACUCGCUUCUUGCGCCAAGGCCUGCUCCGAUGCCGGUUACACGGUCGCCGGUGCCGAGUACCACACUCAGUGCUUCUGCGGUAACGCCAUCUACGGCGGCGGUGCUCUCGCAUCUGACCCGACAACCUGCAACACUGCCUGUGGUGGUAAGGCUUCUGAGAUGUGUGGUGGCGGUAACCGCAUGACAAUCAUCUCCAAGGGCACUCCCCAGACGUACGCUCCUCCCGUUCCGCAGAGAAGCGGCUUCAAUGGAAGCUGGACCUACCAGGGCUGUGUCCAGGACAACGUCGGAGCUCAGCCCAACCCGCGCACUUUCUACUGGCAGAACUUCUUCCCUGGUACAAUGACUCCCGGUAUGUGCUUGGACAGGUGCGCCCAGUAUGGCUACAUGGCAGCCGGACUUGAGUACGGUGAAGAGUGCUACUGUGGCGACCCCGCCAACAUUGUCACCCAGAAGGCCCUCUUUGUUGCCGAAUCCGAGUGCAACAUUGUUUGCCCUGGAAACCGUAGCUCCAUCUGCGGUGGUGGCGCUCGCCUCUCGACAUACUUCUGGACUGGCACCACGCCCCUCUACUCAUGGAACUUCGGUACAGAUGCCGCCACUGCUGGUGUCUACGAAAAUCUCAUUGGCGGUGUGACCAUCCCCCUGAUGACGAUGGAGACCGUCACUGGUAAGGUUUCCUUCCUCGAGAAGUUUGGCACUGGCCCGCCCAACUCCACUGGCGCUUACGAGCUCGACCUUUCCCUCGUCUCGGAUUUCUCCAAGGCUUGGAGAGAGAUGCACGUUAAGACAGACAUCUUCUGCUCUGCCGGUAUCACCCUUCCCGACAAGGCCGGUCGCCAGCUCAACAUUGGUGGAUGGUCUGGUGAUUCCACCUACGGCGUCCGUCUGUACUGGCCCGAUGGCAAGCCCGGAACCCCUGGCACCAACGACUGGCAGGAGGACGUCACCAACCUGCGCCUUCAGGAUGGCCGCUGGUAUCCCUCUGCCAUGAUUAUGGCCAACGGUUCCAUCAUGGUUAUCGGCGGUGAGGAGGGAUCCAACGGCCGUGCUGUGCCUACCCUCGAGAUUCUGCCCCCCACUGGUACCAAGCCUUUGUACAUGGACUGGCUUGCGCGAACCGAUCCCAACAAUCUGUAUCCCUUCGUUGCUGUUCUCCCCAGUCAGGACAUCUUCGUUGCGUACUGGAACGAGGCUAGAAUCCUUGAUCACGUCACCUUCAACACCAAGACGGUUCUCCCCAACAUCCCCGGCGCUGUCAACAACCCCCUGGGUGGCCGCACCUAUCCUCUUGAGGGAACUGGCGUUCUUCUUCCUCAGCACGCUCCCUACAGCGACCCGCUUGGCGUCCUCAUCUGCGGUGGUUCUACCGACGGUCCUGCCACUGCCAUGGACAACUGCGUUUCCAUUGAGCCCGAAGGCACCAACCCCAAGUGGGUGAUCGAGCGCAUGCCUUCGCGUCGUGUCAUGUCCUGCAUUGCCCCCCUUCCUGAUGGAACUUAUCUCAUCAACAACGGUGCUCAGCACGGUGUUGCUGGGUUCGGUCUCGCCAACGACCCCAACUACAAUGCUCUUCUGUACGACCCCUCGAAGAAGAUUGGCUCGCGUAUCACAGUCAUGGCCAACACUACCGUUGCUCGUCUCUACCACUCAGAGUCCAUCACUCUUCUCGACGGUCGCGUUCUUGUCAGUGGCUCUGACCCCGAAGACGGUGUCAACCCCCAGGAGUACCGUGUCGAGGUCUUCAAGCCUCCUUACCUCACCUCUGGCAAGACUCGCCCUACCUUCACCAUCGCCAACACGGACUGGAGCUACGGCCAGCAGAUCACUGUCAACCUCGGCCACACACCCCUCAACGGCGACAUCAAGGUUUCCAUGCUCGGUGCCGUGGGAUCGACGCAUGGUAACUCAAUGGGUGCUCGCACUCUCUUCCCCGCUGUCACCUGCGGGCCUACCACUUGCGCCGUCACAGCGCCUCCCAACGCCGGUAUCGCCCCUCCGGGUUGGUACCAGUUCUUCGUCCUCGACGGCGGCAUUCCCGCUGUCGGUGUCUAUGUCCGCAUCGGUGGCGACCCCGCCGGUGUGGGCAAAUGGCCACAAGUCACCGGCUUCAAGGUGCCUGGUGUCUAAGGUCCACAUAUCCAAAACAUUCAAAGCGUCAUGUAUUUCCAACUAGACUUGAGCUUCGUGUCCCAGGAGCUCUUUUCAUUUUACCAGACUUUUUUUUUUUUUAUCACAAGCGAUAUCCCACACUUUCUCUUCUUCUCGGGCAUAUUCUUUCUUUUAGACCUAGGGAUAAAAACACAUGUCUAUACAGGCAUACACACAGUCACUAUGGCGACAAUAUGAUUUGGGAGUUUUAUUUUUCGUUCUUCAAAGGGAAUACAGAUACUCAUGAUGAUGUCCAUCAAGGACUUGGGUAAAUCUCCUACAACAACGAGGCCACACUUGGCAUUUCUGCAGACUAGUUUUUAGUAUAUAAUUAUAAUCAUUUAAAAUUU